GAUUGUAUUAGCAUGGAGGGCGGUCGUGUUAUUGAUGCUUUAAGAGCUUCACAUUGCAACGAAUGAGUACGAAAUUUCGUAAUAAUUCAGAACAGUGAGAAAUAAAUGCAUACAACUACGUGUGAGAUCAGUAUUGUGUUGCUGAACACUCAUAGAAAUUCGAUCUUUAAUUUUUUUAAAGAUUCUUCAAUGUGAUAUGCAUGUAAUCAAGUAUGAGUAAUACAGAUUAUGAUUUAUUCUCUGAAGAUCACAGGACACUUCUUGUUUUAGUCAGCCAGAUAGGUAAUCAAAUUAGCCAGAAAUCUUUCAAUAAAAUUUAUGAGAGGAUUUGCCGCCUUCAGUAUUUGAAAAUAAAUGAGUCUGGUGGCACACGUUGUAUUUGGUUGCGAUACAAAACCAGCUAUUCUCCAGAAGAUAAUGACUGGGGAGACUUCCAAACAUAUCGAAAGGUUCUGGGGCUCAUAUCUAUAGGAAAAUGCAGUCUUGACAGUGUUGAAGAACUAUGCGAAGAACAUAACGCGCUACAAGAAAAAUAUUCUAAUUCAGUAUUUGAUUCUCGUUGCCUUGUUUUUGGUACAGAUAGUGCUUCACCGUCCGAAAUCAGUGAAUCCUCUAAUUUCACUCUAGAAGAAAAGCCUGUUCUGCCAGAAUUUGUGCAGUCACCUGUGUUAGAAAAUGGGCAACAUGAUGUGUUUAAAGGGAGUGUUGAACCUAUACCGAAAAGCCACAAGAGGAAUGAAAGUGACAGUGGAAUAUUUAAUCAUAUUAACUCAUGUGAUCAUGAAAUUAUUCAGCUUAAUGGCACUAAAGAUUCUUUGCCAUUUUUAAACUGUAUUCAAGAUUUAAAUUCUUUGCCAAAUGGAAAUAUUUCAGAAAGCUUGGAUUUUACUAGUAUAAAUAUUAGUGAAUCAAAAAGAGAAUUUAGUGUAAAUAGUAUAUGUAGUUCUAGCAGUUCUUCACUGAGUCCUACUAUCGAUAGCAACAAUUCACCUUCCAGUUCAAAAAAGUUUCUAAUUCCCUCCACUGUAAAUUCUAUGAGUACGCACUGUGUAAUUUAUCCAGGUACUGACAACUGUGAUCAGUUGGAACAGGACAUCAAUGAGUUUAUUCAUUCCCUUUUUUGGGUCCUAGAAUCUAAGCGUUUAGAUCGGUCAUUUGAGAAGCAAGAUAAAAUACCACUUCUAACUGCCCCUUUUGAGAAGAAAAACUUUGUUGGAAUUGAUACAGAUACUAGGGUUUACAAAAAACGUUGCUUAGGUAGAAUGAAGAAACACAUUGGAGAUUUAGCACUGCAGGCAGGGUUGCCAUUGGAAGCAUUAUCACUUUAUGCUACUUCAGUUGAAAACCUGAAAUCUGGUCAGGAUUGGUUAUGGCUUGCGUCUGCAUAUGAAGGACAGUGUGCUGCUUCUCUUAUUUUGAUGUAUCCAUCUCAGAAUAGAAAUGCGUGUCUGCAACGAAAUUCUUCUGUUCCUGGAAUGCAUGCUGGAAAAAUGAGAAGUGCUCCUUCUAAUGCCAGUAGAAGUCUGCCUGUUGGUAUUGAUGGUAAUGAAUACAAACAUCAUGGAAAGAACAUCCUUAGUUUUGAAGAAAUUUCGGAAAAGUAUGCAGAAGCUAUUGCACAUUAUGGAAAGUAUCAAGGAGCUUGUAUUGUGGAAAUAGAAUGCAAUCUUAAAUUUGCAAGAGCUCUAGCAAUGCAAGAGAAGUACUUGGAAGCUGCAGAGUGUUUGAAAAAUGUGGUUUUUACAGCUUUACCUCAAACAGAUGAAGAAAAGAUGCACAGGUUUAAUGCUUUGGCUCAAAUAUAUACUGACAUUGGUUUUCACAGGAAGGCAUCAUUUUUUAAACGAAUUGCUGCUAUGCGUUGCGUUGCUCAGUCAAAUCCUAAUCCCAGUUGGACAGAAUGCUAUUAUUUAUUACUCCAGUCCUUUGAAGGAUUUAAGCUUUCUCUAGAUGCAAAAGAAUUUCCCAAAGAUAUAACCUAUGGGUGGCCUGGGAUUCAGGUUCAGAUGCUAUUUGAUCUUGUUGGUGUGUCUAAACAGAUGAAUAAUCAAGCAAUAGCUGUUCGUCAUAUGACAUUCCUACUACAUACACUGUUAAGCCAUUUGAGUCCAGCUGAGCAGCAAGAUGCAUGUUUACAACUUGAAUCUCUAACAGCAAAAUGUGAAGGAGCUCCAGUUCCUUUGACUCUUGAUAAUGGAUUAAUAAUACCUCCAGUAAAUCUUCUGAAUCUUCCACGUGUAAAAACUUUCAAGCUUCAGAAUCUUGCACCACAUUUAAGGCCUGUGAAAAUGGUUUCAAAUGAUUUAAAAACAGAUUCCGAUCAAGAUUCGAUCUUCAUAUUUUCUCCUAUUCCUAGAGAUAGAGAAAAGUCAAAGGAUAACAAGAUUGAUUUCAAAUGGGUGGAAGGAGAUGUUUCAGAAGUAGCACUACAAGUAUUUAAUCCAUUGCCCUUUGAGCUAAAAGUGACCCAUAUGGGUCUUCAGGCAGAUAAUAUUCCUUUUGAAAGCUUUCCAGCUUGUCUAUCUUUGCCUGCAGAAUCUGGCCCUUAUCCUGUUAAUUUGUUAGGUACACCUUUAAGUGCUGGUGAACUCCAAAUUUUAGGUUAUGCAACUCAUGUCUUGGGAGUGAAAAGCAAUUGCCGUUUGAGAGACAUUCCAUCUCUAAGAAAACAGUACUUUUCUAUUGAUGUUAUACCUCGGUUACCGCAGAUACAAGUUACAACUUCUCUUCCUAAAGCUUCCAUGUUUUCCUCUCUUGGUGAUACAAGUUACGUAGUUGUGAGCUCUGCAGUCACAAUGUAUGCUGGAGAAAGCCAAGAAUGCACUGUCACUCUGACAAAUAUUGGGAAAGAUCUUGUUGAAAGAGUUGACAUAAGUUUACAUUCUAAAUUAAACAAAGAAAAAGAAUCAUCAUUUUUUACUUGGAGCAAAGAAAAUCUCGACACACAGUUGCCUAUUGGGGUUGGAAAUGCUGCAAGUUUCACUCUCUACAUAAAUGCUAUUGGUGAUUUUGUUAACCCUAUCAAACUAAAACCAGAUUCCAGUGAUGUGAACCAUAAUAGUGCCAAAGGAUCCAGAUCUUCCUCUACUUCAUCCUUUAAUGGAACACCUAAUAGACGGAAACCUCGCACUGUCAGCAGCCCUGAGCCUUUUCCACCAAAGAUAGUUGAAGCUGUGCUUCAGAUACAGUAUUCUGGAGGCCCAGGCAUGGCUGCAGGUUAUUGUCGACAGUGUGCAGUUGCACUUACUGUAGAAGUUUUACCUUCAAUUGUCAUUACCAAAUGGGAUGUUCUUCCUUCAGAAGUACCUACUCAUUGUUAUCUAGUCCUUGACAUACUUAAUUCCACAACCCAUGAGAUGGAAGUUCUGUAUGCUUCUAAUAAAAGGAUACUUAUAGAAGCUCAUGACAUAUGCCGUAUUCCUGUUUCUGUGGAGAGAUGUCCAUUAUCAGCUGUUAGAGAAAGUUAUGAUGUAUUUUUGGACAUCUGUGGCAACCAAAGAAAAUCCAGCAUAUUGUCUGCAUGUCGUGAUCAUUUAGUGAACUUAGUUGAUCUUCAAUGGACAUUAUCAUCAUUAGAAAUUUGUGGCCGAGCUUCAAUUUCAGAUAUAACAUGGACAGAUGUUAUGUUGAGUUUCAUUUUAAUGUCACCUAUUCAGUGGGAUAUUUUGUUGAAUGGAAGAACCUUUAAAGCAGAAUAUGAAUUCAACUUUAUUGCAGGAGAUUUAAUCACUCUGAAUAUUAAACUACAUAAUGUUUCUGAUAUGGCUCUUAAUUCUUUACAUCUCUUUGUACGAGGCUACCAGGAUCAUCAGAAUGGCCAUCAGAGUUAUCGUUUGGAAACAAAAAGAGCUGUUAUUGGGAGUGAGAAAAUUUUUAUCAAGGAGAUUCUACCCCAUGAAAUUUAUUGUCAUGAAUGUGGCUUUGUUUUUUUUCAUGCUGGUGUCUAUAAAUUAGACAUACUUUGUAGCCAUAAAGAUCAAGGUAUAUGGCCUCAGAGUAGUGGUGAUUCUGACUCUACUAGUUCUGAUAAAAGUAAUGUAUCAUUCCCACCAUCAUGGAAUGGUGACAGCAGCUGCCAAAUGCAAAAAUUUGCACCUUCAAUUGAUAUCACUAUUCUUGAAGAUUAAAAGACAUUAAUAUAUAAAAUAAUUUUAUGACCUGUUAAUUUAGAAUUACUAUUUAUAAAUUGUAAUUAUAUCAAAAGUAAGAGAAAAUGUUUCUCUUAAAAUUUCAUUCUACUGUAUAUUAUGAGAGAGCCUAAAUUUGAAGCAUUUUUUAGUUUUUAUGUUACUUAAUGAUUUACUUUUUGAAGUUUCAAUGAUGCGUUUAUUGUAUUGCAAAGUUGAAGCUUUUAACAAGCAAAAUACUAUAGAGAUGUUACAUUAGACUUUUUAUGAAGAUCAAUGAUAUUUUAAUUUGCAUAACUAAAAAUGUUGAAGCUUUAAAGAGAAAGAUUAUGCUUCUGCAGAGUUAUGAAAAAUAUAAGAUUUUCAUGCUCCUGUAAUAAAUCAUUUGAAGUUUUAUUAAGGUAAUCAUUAUAUAUAUUCAAUAAUUUUUAAUUAAUCAGUUAUUCACUAUUAAUACAUGUUUUAUUUUAUUCUUUUAUGAAUUGCAUGAAGGCGUGUAAAAAACUACUUUAGGAUUUGAGAAACAGUUUCUUAAAUAUCAUAAAAUAACUUACUAGGAAUCAAUCAUGCUUCUGCUAAUGCAGCCUCUGACAAGGAAUUUUCAUAGAGCAAUAAGAUACAUAAUUUUAGUUUUCAAAAAAAUAAUUUUCAAGUUGUUAUCUGGAAAUUGAUCUCUUAGUAAUGCUAGUUCAAUUUUAUUUAGCUCUCCGUUGUGUGAUUUCAUUAAUGAAAAUAAGGAAGUAUCUUGAAUAGUUGUAUUAAUUUUGUUAGUUUUUAUGAAGAUUUUAUUGUAUUUUGUCACAAUACACCAUAAAAUAUUAAUGCUUUAUUGUGAAUCAUUUUUCCCGUAAAUAAUUUAUUUUUUUGUGUGAUAAACGAAUAUUAGAAUUUUAAAAAAGAUGAAAAACUGUAUAUUAUAUUAUUUCAAUUCAAGUGUAAAUCAUUUUGGAAACCUAAAUCAUUUUGUAAACCUAAAUUUUGUUCUAAAUUAUUGAAAGUUUGCUCAAUAUUGGAAAAACGAUGUUUGACAUUUUAUUAGUUUUUCUGCUAUUAUUUCUAAACCUUUCUGCUAUGUGCAUAUUAGCCAAAAAAAGGAGGCAUUUCUUUACUUAAUAGUGUGAUAAUUAACUACUCACAUUUGCCCGAGAAUCUUGCAAACUCUGUGAAUACUUCAGUGAUACUUGUUUUACAACAGUUAAGAAUUUUUGUAAGAAAACGAAAAAAUAUUUAUAUUCAUCAUAACCCAUAUUGGUUAAUUGCAUAAAAAUACAUUGUUACUAUAGAGUAAAUCCCAAGAUUUGUAUAUAAUAACACUAAAAAUUAAGUUAUCACUAGCAUAUGUACUGAAAAAAUGUUUUAUGUGCUUCAUUUUAUUCAUGGAGUUUAGAUUCAUAAAUUAUCUUUACAAUGUAGGCUGAUUAGUUCAGUAAUUUGUACAAAAUAUAGGUUCCUUAAUAGUCAUUAAUACAUUGUCCAGCUAUUUUGAAAUUUCUGAAACAUUAAUAAUUAUUUAAUAAAGUAAGUUAAUAUGAAGCAUGGUGUAGUUAGUGUUGUGUUAUUUGGAAAUUAUUAUUAGUUUGUAGAUAGUGAUUCAAAUGAACGUCUUGUCUUGCAGCUUAGCCAUGCAUUAUGUAAAGUUGCAUUUUUAUCAUUUCUGAUAAUAUUAUAGAAGACUUAGCAAAGGAGCUUAAAAAUUUCUAUGUAUUUAUUUCAGUCGUUAAAAUCCCAUUUAUUAGUAGUGUCUACAAAAGGUAUUUGAAUGCAUGUUUUAUUAAAUUAAUUGGUACAUUUAUCUAGAUAAUCUACAAAUUUCAAGAGAUGAUGUAGUAAGUAAUUAUAAUUAAAAUUAUUUUGAAAGGAUUUCAUAAUCUUGAGAAGUCAUACUAAAUGUUGCAUUGCAUUUUAAAAUCAUUUUGUGGUGUGUUCUAAUUGUUUUUUAUAGUACGUUUUGUAUAUUCUGAUUGUUUGUGAUAUGUGUAGUGUAUAAAAUAUCCGAUUGGAUCAACAUUUUUGCUAGAUCAUUUUUUUUUAAACGGGAGUAAUUUUUCUAAUUAAAUUAUUCACUUAAAAGUUCAAUAAUUGAACUCUUUGAAUAACAUGCAAGUUUGUCUGUGAUGAUAGUAAUUAUGUGAUUUGUGUGUAAUUAUUUUAUUCUUUAAUUAUUCUGUUUUGUGUGGAAUCUGUUAAAAAUCAUUUUAUGCGAGCACUUUUGUUGUGUACUUUCAGAAAUAUUAAGUUCAGCUUCUAAUACUGCAUAUACUAAAAAGUAUGAAACACUGUUUAUAACAAAAAGUUUAGUAUGCAACUUAAAUGUAAGCACUUAUGUACUAAAAAGCAUAAGUAUAUAAUCUUAUUAUACUUAGUAAUGUUGUUUAAAUGUAAUUUUUUUAAAAAAACUUUGAAAAUGACAUUUUUUCCUUCCCCUUUUCUUAGUAUUAACGUAUGUAUUGUUUGUAAUAUUUUUUAAUAAUAGAACUCAUUAGUAAAAAUUUCUAAUGAUUUCAAAAAAAAUUUUUUUUUACAUUCUGUAGUUAUUCAUAGAAUUCAUAAUUAAGAAUCUGAUUUAUUGUAAAAGUACAUCUGUCCUUCUAAAAGAUUAUUCGAUUUUGUGGAAGCGCGGAAAAUUUUAAAAGGAUUACUGUAUGAAAUAUUUAAUAUUUUCUGAGCAUAAUGCUUCUUUCGAACAUUUCAUAGGAAUGCUACUGUGAUAGUUACUGUAACAAAUGCAAUUUAAAUAACAAUCAACAGAGUUAUCUUUAAAGUGAUUUAAAUAAUACAAUCGUAUAUUUUUAAUUCAUUGUGAUUUUUCUGUAUUUAAUAUCAGUGCUGUAUUUCUUUGUUGUGAUAUCACUUGUUUGUAUUUGAUAAUGAACUGUAUUUUUUUAACCAUUAUUUGUAUUGCUCAGCUUGAAAGUGAUUUUGCAUUUCUGAAUUAGAUUUUAAUAUAAUUAAAGUAAUUUAAAUCAUUUCAUUUUGUUAAACGUAUCUUUGAGUAAAUGUUCAUUUUUUAUAUGGUGACUUAAAAAAUGUUAGAUCAGAGGAAACUUUCAGUCACUCAAUGAUAAAGGCCUCAGGUAUUAUUCUAAAACUAAAUAUUUUUUAUGUUUCUUCUGUACCUAAAUACCAAGCUAAAUCUGUUACGAUGAAUAAUUGAGUAAAACUCAAAAGUGAAUGGGAUGUUUUAAAUACCUUGAGUUUAAAUACGAAAUUGAGAUACAAAAUGUUUGGGUACUGAGGUAACAAACAAGGUAAAGCUAUAAUUUUGGCAUAUUUUGCUUGUAAAAGUCCUGGAUGAAGAAUUUUAUACCUUAAGAAGAUAAAAAUAUAAAAUUGAGAAGAGUACUGUAUUAAUAUAGGUUAAAAAUAUCUGUAAUUUCUUUUGACAUGGAAAAUUAUAAUUUUUCAUUGAAAUUUUUUGAAAAUCUGCGAGAAAUAUGGGCGAGAUUGAAUGUAAGCAGAUCUACUGUUCAUAGCUCAAUUUCAAAAUACCAUAGUAACAAAUUUAAUUAGUGAAAGACACCAUGCAGGGGUCAAAGAUGUUUCACUGAAUGCAAAGAAAAGCAAAUCAUUAGAAAUGUUACUUGUAAUCCUAAUCCCAUUGCAGUCAAACUGACUUUAGAAGACCAAAAUAUAUUUAGCUAAUGAAUAAUUAUCCUCUAAUGAAGAUACUUUUAUGUAUAUUUUAAGAAAACAUAACUUUCACUGGCUGAAUAAUUGUGGGGGGGGGAGGAAUCUGUGUAAAGUGAAUUGAAGGCAAGAUUACAUUUUGCUAAGACAUAUAUCAAAAUGCCAGAAGAUUUUUAAAAAUUGAGUAUACUUUUAGAUGAGUGUAACUUUAGUAUUUAUGGGAAUGAUGGAAAGCAAUGGUAUGGCUAAAAGCCUAGUGAUGAUCUUCAAAUGAAGAAUCCUCUUCAGUCAAAUAUGAUGAAAGUAGCUAAAUGAUCUGAUGUUAUAUGAGUAUUUUCCAGCAUUGAAAAUUUUAUUAUAUUUUGUUGACGACAAAACAGAUAAAUUUAUGCAUUUUUAUAUUUUAAAAUAAAACUUGAUCAGGACAAUGAUCCCAAAACUAACGCUUAUUUUUCCAAAUUGUGGACUUCAUAUAAUUAUCCAAAUAUAAUUAAUGUGCUUGCAUAGAGUUCAGACCUCUAUACUGUUUGUUGAGAAUAAUUAGGAUAUUUUGCAAGAUAGAAUUAAUAAAUUUAAAAUUUCCUCUUAAAAAAACUUACCACGGAAGUAGAAAAAGCAAUCAAAUUUCUGUUUGAAUCUUCUAAAAUCUAUUCUAAAAAGACUCAGUGUAGUCACACAAAAUAAAAAAAAAAGCACAGUGCUUAGUUAAAAUAUGUUUGAGUUUUUAAAAUAUCUUUGUGUACCCCAAUGUAUUUUAUGUAUUUUUGACUAUCACAUUCUCUUUUCUGCAAAAGAAGUCUGUAGUUUGUAAAUUACUUAACAAUAUUUAAAAAUAAUUUUUCAGCUAUGGCAUAUAAGAAAAGCAUUUAAUUUAAGUUAGCUAUUUAAUUAUUCUUUCAAAAAUAUCUGAAAGCUUGUUGUGCCCUAAUAAAUUUUUGAAUCACUCUAAGUGUAUGUAAUAUCGCACAAUCGUAUAGAAAUAACCAACAGAAAAUUGUGUUAUAUUACAGUGCCAAGCUCACUUUUGCUUGUUUGUUGAUCUAAUGAGGAUUUCCUUCUUUUCUUCUCUUUUGUUGAAGGGUAAAAAUAAAAAAUAAAAAAUUUAUAAUUUUGUUUGGUUUUUGUCACAGUACUCUUUGUCUGACUUUUUUAUCGGCUAAUGGAAUUCUGAGCAGCUUGUAUAGGUGAAUCAUUUAAAUUUCAAAAGUUUUGAGCUUUGUGAUAAAGUUAUAAUUUUUGUAUAAAUUUGCAUUGAAUGAUAAAAUUUCUAGUAUUUUGUAAUUGCUAAAAUUUCUAGUAUUUUGUAAUUUGUAAUUGCUGCUUUAAUAAAUCAACACUGGGUUUAUUAUAAUUUUUCGUUUAACUUAACACAUUUUCUUGGUGUAGUGUUGCUUUAUUAACAUUAGGUGAUAUUGUGUAAAUUUAUUCACUUUUAUCAUAAGAGUAGCUUUUCAUGUGUUUGCUUUUCAUGAUAUUGAAAGGAAAAGCAAACACAUUAUAACAUCAAAAUUGAAUUAUCAUAUCAAAGUGAUAAGCUGCAUGUUUAGAAGGGAGAAAGAAUGAGAUUAUAUUGAAUUUAAUUUAGAACAGUUGCAGUCUUAAUUCUUGAAACUGCCUCUGUGCUUUGUAAUAAAAAUAAGCAUCAAUUAAAAAAUUUGGAUGCCUUCAAAUAAAGUGAAUAAAGUGCUGUAAUUAUUAAAUGUCCUGAGCUAAAGAUCCACCAAUCAAAUAGAAUGAAAUUGUUUCUGAGUCUGAAUUUUUAUAAUGAAAUGACCUCAUAUGUUUAACUGUGUGGAAUAAUGUAUCUUUGCCAUAAAUCGGGUUAGAAAAAUAUAUCUUUCUGGUGUAAAGUGUAACUAAUUUCUUAAAUGGCUGGUGAUUAACAUUAUUGUUGUGAAUCAUGUAUAGGCAUAUGAUCUGGUGCUGUCACUUAACAAUCAUGCAUUAAUGUGUGGGAAGGUUACAUGUUAACUCCGUUUGUACACUUGUCAGUUUUUGGAUGAAUUUUGUAACCUACUCUGACAGCAAAUGUGUCGAUAAACUCCUUCAUGGCAAGGAAUAAAAUUAACAUAUAGCAUGGUUGUAUAAUACUGUUUUCAUUGGUAAAUAAAAAAAAAAAAAAAAAAAACAAUAUUAUGUGAGUUACCAAGAUCUAUAAAAUAUUUUAGGCAGGUGUUCUGGGUUUCGCAUUUAACUUACUGGAUCCUAAAUUUCUUUCAUAUUACAUUGUUUGUGUGCUGAGUGCAGCGAUCCAAAAUUUUUCUUUACCUCAUGUACUGUUAAGAUACAAAGAAUUAAUACAUAUAAGGCACAUAUAGUUAUGUUAUACACUGGUUUUUAAGUUCAUAAAACUUUUUGAAAUUGUUUUUAUAGUCAUCCAAACAUUUAAAAAUUUUCUCAUUUUGUAACUGCAGUCUCUGUAAGACAACUGCUGAAGGGACUUGAAUGGGACGAUCCCAUUUCAAAGCUCUUAGAGUCUCUUAAAGAGAAAUAAUAAAGUGCAGUGUAUUUCUCAAUCCCACUCAAUUAAUCUCUGAUGUCAAUAAAGUUGUGAAUUAAUUACUAGCAGCGAAUGAGGUAAAUAGAAAAAAUUGUAGUACACGUAAUUUUCAAAGUAUUAUACUUGAAUAUUGUAUUAAAUAUAAAAGAUAUUAUAUGUAAAACAAAAACAUAUUAAAAAAAAGUGAUAUUCAAACUUUUAUUUAGUAAUUAAAAAAAAUAUCAUUGCAUAUCAAAAUAAUUAAUACGUAAUGUCUACCUGUCUGAUUUAGUUAAUCAUUUUCUUUUCCAAAGUAGUUUGAACUUUUAAAUAAUUCUGUGAUUUUUUACUAACUAUAAUUUAGUGUAAGUUUCUACAUUUCUCCUUUGUAAGAGGUCUUCUAAUUCUAAAUAUGAUUAUUUUACUUUUACUUAAAUGAAAAAUCUGGGAGCCAUUUGGACAUUGGUUUGUUAAUAUGGUUAUGAACUGCACAGACAAGAAUUUUUUUAAAAAAAUGUUAUAACCAGCCUAGGAAGUGGUGAAUCAUUUUUAAAGAAUGCUGUGUCAUAACCAAUGAAUCAAACUUGUAUGAUAAAUAACACCAUCAUAAAAAAGGAUAGAUUAAUGAUUAAAUGUCGUUUUUUGUAGAAAUAGUUUUGUCAUUGUAAGAAUUAGAAAUUUAGGAUCUUGAUUAGUCAACUAAUAGGUGUUCUUGGAUUUCAUAAUUAAUGUCUUUCUUUCUCAGAAAUAGCUGUUGUGCACAUUUUAAUUGCUUCCAGACUAUAUGUCAGUGGUGAUUAUACUAAAAUUCUCCUUCGCAAAAAAAUUUCUGAUGAACAAAACUACUUUUCAAUUUAUUGUCUCGUAAGGAAAGAUUUUAACAAGUUGUUUAAAAAACCGACGGCCCAGUGCUGCAGUAGCUAGCACAUUGUGCAGCAGCACCACAGGUCCGGGAUUCGAUUCCCAGGCUGGGCAAGACUCGGCCUUUCAUGCCUUGAAUUUAUCGGUAAAACGAGUACCAAGUUCACUUGGGGACUAAAUACUGGGGUCCUGCAACAAGCUGACUUCUUGUCCAGGUCAUAUGCUUAUGCAUCCUGAGAAAAGCAGAUAUCAGGGCACUGCAGGCCAUGGUCUGCUGGGGCUGUUGCACCACUGCAUUUAGUAUUAUUGAAGAAACUGAUGUCCUUUUCUAGAACUUUUUUGUGAAACUUAAUUUAUUAUUAAGUUGGGAGUUAAGGAAUUUGCUUAAGGCAACUAAGAUUCUGCUCAGAAAUUUUUUUAAAUUAAUAUUGGAUUUUUAUCUUUUGGGUUAAAAUUUUUGAAUUCAGUAGUUCGUAUGAAUUCUGCUGCCAUAUAUGUAUCUGUGUAGUUCCUUUCACAGUGUAUCUUAUUGCUGGUAAUAAUGUCAGGUUAAAAUCCCACCAACUUCUUAUUUGCAUUGUCCAAAGAAAAUAUUGUCUGCCACUGAGAAGGGGAGAGCAGAAGAUUUUGUUUCGUAUCCAUUUAUGUAAUUAUUUGAUAUGUUUGGCCAACUUCAAGUAAUAUGCAUUUCUGUCUUGAUUGUGCUUUAUUCCAUAAUAAAUAACAUUUUUUAUUUUAAAUAUUUCGUCCUCAUGAGCUACUUUUAAAUUCCAUAAUUCAUAAAGACAAUAAAGAAGCUUAUAUGAACUUAAACUUUCAGUUACGUUGUGCAUUUCAGAAACUACAUGAUAGUUAACAUAAGUAUUAAUUUUACAAUUAGUACUGUAAAUUAGUUUAAAUGUGGUUAAUAUUUUAACUGAGAGGCAGAAUCACUUUAGUCACUUACAAGGCAUGUUGAUUUUUUGUAUAUAUUAUCCUAUUUAAAACAUUUUUUUAUUGAAUUAAUACCACCCUGAUGCACUGAAGCUCAUGAAAUUGAAAAUUAAAGUAAAUAACAGAGAUUUAACUAAUUCAGUUUAAUAUUAGUUGUGCCAGUUUCAUGAAUGGAUCAUAAAAGAUUAGUGGUUCGAAGGGUUAAAUCACACUGCUAGCGAAAGUGAACUGAAAAACUGUACUGCCCAUUCAUUUUUUUUAACUGCUACUGUACUAGGCAACCCUAUGAUCUAACCAAAAUAUGAAAUUACUUGAGUAUUUAUAAUGGAGGAAAAAGUCAUGAACUUCAUGAAUUGUCAUAAAAUUUGAAACUCGGAAUCUCACUGUUACAGGUCUUAUAUUCAGAAUUUUGAAACUAUGGUAAUUUUAAUAUACAAUUCCCUCCUCAUGUGUUUGAGGCAUAUCUGAAACACAUUUUAUUAUAGAAUAUAUUUUGCAAUUAUGUUUUAAAGUCCAUAUUUCAAAUUUAUAACUAUUUCAUCAUAUGAAAUCAAUCUCUUUCAUUUUCUUAGAACAUGACCGAUACACUUAUUUUAUUCACCGUUAGUACUUAAUAAGUAAAUUUAUUGCAGAUAUCGUUGACAAUAAUGCACUAAAAUUUAAUUAUUGGUUUUUAUGUAUCUUUUGUACAUGUGUUGUAGUAAAAUGUAAUUGCUAUGGUUUAAUUUGUGUAACGCAACUCUGUGGUACCUGUUACCUCCAAAAAAGUUCAUUAUAUCACAUGUUGAAUGCAGUCACUGUCAUAAUCAGAGUGUCAUUCAUUGGAUUUUUGAAACUGUAUUCUUCAGCAUUCUGCAUUUGAAAGGAAUUUCUCCAUUGUAUGUUUGUAUUGUACCUCUCAAUAUAUUUCUGCUGCAAUUGUAUUACUUUUUAGGUAUAAUUUUUAUCAAAAUAUUAGCCUGGGGUUUUGUUUUAAACUAUUUUCUGAUGUAUAUGGUAUUAAAAAGUACCUCAUGAAAACUAUAUUUGUAAUUAAAUAUUGCAAUCAAUAUUUGUAAAUAUGAGAAAUGUUUAUAUAGAAGAAUGUAAUGACCAUUUUGUAACUGGUUAUACAUUCAUCAUAAGCUCAUUCCAAGUCAACUUAAGAUUUGUUGUAUAGUUGAUUGUUAACAUAGUUGUUAAAAAUAUACAGUUACCAUUCAUUUUUAAGGAAUGGCUAUUGUAAAUAAUGAAAUAAAAGAAAAUAUAGAAAUUAUGUUUUGAAA